AUGGAAGUGGUGAAGCUGGGAGAAUCGGCGCCAACGAUAAGGCUCAUUCUUUUUAUUAUGUUCUUGUUCUUCUAUUUGUUAACGGUGGUGGGGAAUGUUAUUAUUAUCAUUAUUAUCCAGAUAGAACCACGUCUCCAAACCCCCAUGUACUUCUUCCUCACUAAUUUAUCCUUUCUGGAUAUCUGCUAUACAUCCACCAAUGUCCCACAAAUGCUGUCCAACAUGGUGGGGACAAAGACCAUCCCCUUCUCCAGCUGUGCUACUCAGAUGUUCUUCUCCCUCUCCUUAGGGAUGACUGAGUGUGUUCUCCUUGGUGUCAUGGCUUAUGACAGAUAUGUAGCUAUUUGUCAUCCCCUUCAUUAUACUCUCAUUAUGGACCAAAGCACCUGCAUCCAGUUGGCAGCCAUUUCUUGGUCCAGUAGUUUCCUGAGUUCCAUGGUCAUCAACAUCCUCACCUUGAGUUUGCCCUACUGUGGGCCCAAUGUCCUGAAUCACUUUUUUUGUGAAGUUCCUUCCAUCCUGAGGUUGGCUUGCACUGACACUUCACUUACUGAGAUGGCUGUCUUUAUCUUCAGUGUCAUCAUUGUCUUCAUUCCUUUUCUCCUCAUUGUUGUUUCCUACGCCCGAAUCCUUCUAUCGGUCCUCAGGAUGCGAUCAGCCUCCGGGAGGCACAAGGCACUGUCCACCUGUGCUUCUCAUCUGACAGUGGUGGCCUUAUUCUAUGGAACUGGCAUCUUCAUGUACAUGAGACCCCAGUCAAAGUCCUCCAGAGCUGGGGGCAAGAUCAUCGCGGUGUUCUAUACUGUGGUCACACCCAUGCUCAACCCCUUGAUCUACAGUCUAAGGAACCAAGAUGUAAAAGGAGUUUUAAGGAGAGCUGUUGUGAAACAGAGGACAUGAGAGCUCUUAGUGCGACACUGAGGUUAACUGUUAACCGAAGAUAAUGGACUUUCCAAUAUGAAAUGAUAGAAUAAAAAAUGGCUGAGACAGUCAGCAUCUGCCCUAUCGUUCAGAAAAGACACUUGGUUCCAGCUGCAGACUCAACAAGAAACAUGUC